AAAACUGUAAAGUCAUCCAGGAGGCAGCUUUAAGCAGUGUAGAUUCUACAAGCAGCAACAGUUUAAAGUUCAACCAUGGUUCCUUCCACGUUGAAUCCGUCGCUGCAGCAGCUUCUCGUCGCUGAAAUGUUUCCCAAGGAGCUCGGCUUGAGCGCAUAUCAGCGCCAGAUGUCCGAAAUUGUGAUCGGGUACAUUUGCCAGGGCCAGUACCAGGAGGCACAGGGCAUCCUAAACGCCAAAAGUCUGCCACUGCCACCCUGGCAGACGGUCGUGCUGCGCGGCAUUGUGCUCCGCCUGCAACUGCGCCAAAAACUGCAGCGUGGCGAGAGGAUCGAGUUGUGUGGCGUUUUGAACGAGCAGCAGAAGGUCGGCGUGAGGGCAUUUCUGCGGAACAAAAUGAUGGCCGAGUUCUUCAAAGCGAAGAUCGAGCAGCUGUACCAGAAAGUGGAGCUGACGCUCGAGCGAGUGGACCAGAAAGUGGAAUUGAAAGUGCUCCACUGGGAACUGGAGCUCCAUCGUCAGAUUGCCAUGGAGGACCGCAAUAGAAUCCACAAAAUGUGGGGCUUCACGAUCGCGUCGCUGGUCGCUGUGUUCGUGGCACUGUGGAUGUGAGGAAGAGAAACAACGAAAAUACUUUCACCUGCUGCUCCAGACGAUUCAAUUAAAUGCAAUUCGCACGCACACAGGUGACGGCAAGGAGCUGGAGGACUGCCUGGAAACCUGUCACGGCGCCUUUCUCCUUUUUGAAAAAUAGAUUUCCAGAA